AUGACAGGGAAUAAUGGCCUUGCAGGGGGACUUUGGGUAGCCCGUGCAACUAAGCCAGAAUUACUCUCCAGACGGAGUCCUGUCUGGCGCAAGACGGUGCUGCGUAUCACUCAGUGGAGCCGAGACAGCCUCAGGCAGUCUAGUGCGCCUAAUGCCUAUUCCGGUAAUGGAGACCUUCUGAUCUUUCGUCGUUCGCCACUUCUAUCAAGCCUCGGCAAGAUAGAGUCUGUCACCCACCCACGGUUACUCAACUCUCAACUCUCACCUCACCCCCCUCAGUCCACUCGUCCACCCGGACCUGUGAACAAACGAGACUUCGUCGUCGCCUCCCGCGCCCCGGACUCUUCACCCACCGCAACCAUUAACGCGUUGGAUUUCACAUCCUUCACCACGGCUAACCAGCAACCAUGGCGUCUUUCAACUCAAGCACCAUCGACUGCAUCGUCGCAGAACAGUAUCCAACACAGCUUCAACCAGGACUUUCAGCUAUUCGACGUCCCCGAGACUUCGCAAGUCCUUCCGAUAGCCUCGCGUGCGCAGGCGACAUUGAGUAUAGUCCCUAAUAACUCGAGACCACUGCAAACCAGACAUCUCUCCAUCGGCAAUCGAGUGUCUCCCAUUCAGUCUUCUCAGUCCCAGUUCUCAGGCAAUACCAAUCAUCGGUCUUUCUCCAGUCCAUCUUUGCAUAAACGACUAUCUGCACAGCAUUUGCGUCAGCUUGCUCAUUCGCAGUCCCUAUCGCAUUCGCGUCCGCCAGUUCCACUCUUCAACGCACCCGCGCCCAAUAGUCAUCGUCAGUCUCGGCCUACUGUGACCAUUCCACAAGGUACUAAGCAUCCUGAUCCGCUGUGGCGUGCUGCCCAGAGACUGACCUCACCAGGCUUCAUGUCUAGUGCUUUUGAUCAGAUGUAUCUCCCGGGAGGUGAUUUGCUCGCCUCCCAGGAUGACUUCUUCAACAUUGGAGCCAACUACUCGGCCCAGACGGAGUUCAAUGCCACAAGUGGUACUGUUUCUCCGUCCGAGUUGUUCCGGGAUGACUACACAAUGUCCGCUCCUCCUUCCACCGCUUUCCCCAACUUCAGUACCCCAGAAUCUGGCUACCUCGAGUCCCCUGCCAUGCCCAGCAGCGGACUCAAUACCUCCCCGCUCGAGGACGGUCUUCUCGACGGCCAACUCAACUACUCUGAGCUCGAAGCCAUGGCCCCACUCUUCCCUAAGGACGAGUUUGAUCAAUUUGCCCAGCAGUCGGUACCUACCGCUGAGCAACUGAAGGCGAGUUUUGAGUCUGUAAAAGCCAAGCCCGCCAAAAGAUCAGAACCAGUUGCGCCCAUGGUUCGCCAGAAGUCUUCUCCCGGUCGCCCUCCUUCUCAGCCACUGAUUCAUGGCCGAAAGUUGUCUGAUACUGUGGGUAUCAACAAGUCCAAGUCGCGCAAGAUCCUGCCGGAAAUCACUAUCGACAGUGAGGACGACAAGGAAACUGCCAAGCGGAAGAAGAAUACUGCUGCCGCUCGGAAGUCUCGGCAGAGGAAGCAAGAGCAUACUGAACUCCUCACCACUGAGAUCCAACGCCUGCGGGCAAUGGUUCUCCGUCUAGGUGGAGACCCCGACGCUGAUUAG